AUGAACAUCCAACAGACAUCCAAUUCAUCGUCAUCUAUUAAUUAUAACAUACUCAAUACUACAUCAACAUAUACACUAAUUUACCAAAAUGUGCGUGGUUUGAAUUCUAAAGUGCAAGAAUUUUAUAACAACUGCUGUGACAUAGAAGCAGAUAUAUUGUUACUGACCGAAACAUGGCUUCAUGAAAAUGUUUUUUCAGCUGAACUUUUUCCUCAAGAUUUUGAAAUCUUUCGAUGUGACAGAAAUAAGAGAAGAGGCGGUGGCGUACUAGCGGCAGUCAAAAUUGGUUUUGUAGCUGAACGACUAAACCUUAUUUCUCCGGUACCUGAGAUAGAUCUUAUUGGUAUCAAAGUUCAAGGUAAUAGUACUUUCAUUUUCGUUGUGAUAUACAUUCCGCCAGCAUUACAUGUUGAUGCAUACACUCAAAUCUUUGAGUAUAUUGAAAGUGCCAUUGAUUUUUCAAAUCCGGUUGUUAUUGUAGGCGAUUUUAAUAUACCUGAGUUAGUAGAUUGUGCAUCUGGCCGGAACUCGUCACACAUCUUCAAUAUUUAUUCUCACUUCAUUUCCAUGAAUAAUUUGAAACAACAUAAUUCAGUUUUAAACUCCAACAACAGAAUCUUGGACAUAGUUUUGACAACUGAUGAAGUCUCAGCUGAAGUAGCAAAUAGCAAUUUUCCAUUAGUUCGUGAAGAUGCUCACCACCCUUGCUUGGACAUCAAUUUAUUUAUCAAAGACCAAUCAAGUAAUCCAUUUCCAAGAACAUCGAACACAGUAAAAUUUAAUUUUCGUAAAGCAGAUUUAGUAAGAUUGUAUAAUGCCUUUAUUGAAACUGACUGGUCAGAAGUUUUAGACACAGUGGAUGUUGAGACAGCAUGUUCUACAUUUUAUGAUAUCAAUUUUAAAUUAUUAAAUAUUUAUGUUCCGAAGUGUUCGUCAUCAGCGAAGACAUAUUACCCUCCCUGGUUCACAAAAACGAUUAUAUCCAGCAUUAAAGAAAAACACAGGCUAUGGGAUCUCUAUAGGAAAAGUAAAUUGUUAACUUACUUGGACAGAAUAAGAAUUCUAAAAUGCGACAUACGACGUAAUAUUCGGCAAGCUUAUAAAGUCUUCAUCAGUGAAGCUGAAAAUUCACUUCAAAAUGACCCAAAGAAGUUUUGGUCAUUCGUAAAUAAAAGGAGGAAAACUACUUGUGUUCCCAGUUGCAUGACAGCUGGUGAUGGUGUUAUAAUGUCUAAUCCGCAAGACAUAGUGAACGCAUUCGCAUCACAAUUCGCAAGUGUUUACACCAAUGACAACCAUAAACCCUGUGUUGCAUCAAGUUGUAAUAAAACUAACUGUGAAUACUGCGGAAGCUGCCGAUGCUCUUUAGUAAGUGAUAAUCCUAUUUGUGAUAAUUCCAUCUGUGAUAAUUCUGUCUGUGAUAACAAUCUCAUAUUCAACCUGCCUGUGAUUAAUGACUGUGAUAUUUUAAAAGCUGCGAAAAAAAUUAAACCAAAUUUCGUUUGUGGUCCAGAUGAUAUACCGGCAUUUUUAGUGAUUGAUUGUCUUCAGUAUUUGUUAAAACCUUUAUGUCAUAUAUACAACUUAAUUUUAAAGUCGUCUAUUUAUCCACAAAUGUGGAAAGUGUCUCGUGUAUUUCCUGUAUUUAAAGCUGGUGACAAAGCUAACAUUGUAAAUUACAGACCGAUAGCACUUAUAUCGAACUAUUCUAAAUUAUUUGAAUGUAUUAUGUCAGACUUCCUCCUUGAUACUGUUGUAACUAACGGAAUCUCAGCAAUUCUAGAUACAGGAACUAAUAAAUCAGGUUCUAAUAUUUACAUUGGUCACUCUAGAGGAGCUACUUUGGCUUUCAUGUACGCUUCUGAGUAUACAGAAGAAGUCCAAAAAAUUCUGAGAGGUGUGGUCGCCCUGGCUCCCAUUGCUGUGAAAAGAGUUUUUGAGGAACUUGGAAGCAGCGAAAAAGAAUAUUUUCGGGUACCAAGUGCAACUAACACCAAGAAGUUGAAGUUUGGUCACAACGAUUACUUUUUUUCUGAAGACAGCGAGGAGUUAUUUUACACGGAUCUCAUUCGAGUACUGGAUAAAUUGCACUUCAAGAAAUAA